GCUCACGAGAGAGAUUUGAGUUUGUAAUACACAAAACUCAAACUAUCUCUAUACCUACUUCGACCAAACUCUAUCGUUCACAAUCCACUCUCACGGUUGGAACAUUUCAAAAAGUCGUGUAAUUAUUGGGUAAAGGAAAGAUGACUUCAUUAACAAACGAGCUAGAAGAAACACAAGCAAAGCUAACAGCAGCAGGAAUAAAAUUGAAAAAGAAGAACCAAGUAGAAGGUACAAGUAAGACGGUCACACGAAGCCAAUCUUUGAAUAGAGGAGGAGAAGGAUGUAGUGGAAGCGGGACGACAGAAGCAGAGACAAACACUGGAAGAACGGAGAAUAGCGGUGAUAGAGCGGAAACUUCGAUUAGCCAAAGACAAACUACCGAGUUACAACAGAAGGAACAAGAGGUAGCGGCAAGGGAAGAGCAAGAAGGAGAGAGAGGAGAUGGACAGGAAGAAGAAACGGGUGAGAAGCCUUACAAGGAGAUGACGGCAAAAGAGAAAUGGUGGCAAGCGAUUGGCUUCGCGAUGGACACAGAACAGGAUGUCCUUGCGACUGACAUGCUGAAGGGGUUCAACCUGAUGUACAGAGAAGAACAUACGGGAGAGGAGAGAAGACCCCUGCCGAAGAGAGCACGUUCUCCGAUGAAAAGAAGGGAGGAAAGACCAAGGACGGAAUCUCUGAUAAUAGGAGAUGACGACGAAGGAGAAGAAGCCGAGGAACAUAGAGACAGAGAAGGUUCUGUAGAAGUAGAAAGAGGCAGGUCGACGGGAAGGACAGUGCGAGAGCAGGAGAGGGUUGUCAGACAGAAGAGAGGAGAGAAAGAGGUCGAAGAAGAAGAGCAGGAGGUAGACGGAGAAGAGCGAGAAGACGGUGCUGGACGCGGCAGAGGGAGAGGACAACCGAGGGGAAGCAUCCGAGGAGGCAGAGGAAACCAAGCGAGAGGGAGUGGUUGGUUCCAGGGAAGAGGUGCUGGAUGGUGGGCGAAGCAAAGAGGACAGAGCAACGGGGGAAGCGCAGGAACGGGAGAAGUAGUAGCUAAAGAGUGA